UAAUAGCGGUGAGGCGAGAGCUACCGCGCGGUGAAGUGUGGAUGUGCAUUUUCAAAAAUGGAAUCGAAACUGAAAAACUUCAAGGACUCGUUGAAUUUGCAAGAUUGUGAGAAGACAAAUUUGAGCACGCCAUUUUCGAUUAAUGACAUUUUGACCAGAGAGAACGAAGGGAAGUACUGCCAAGAGAGUUUUGGCGCGAAGAUGAGUUUUCUGGCAAAGGCAUCAAGCUGUUAUGCCAAGGAGGAGUUUCCGAAGAAGGAGGUUUUGGAAAAGAGUUUGAAGUACUACGACGACUGCAGCAGCUACAGAGACUACGCGGACGACGGCGCUUUGGACAUGUCUAGGAAAAACAAUUAUCCAGUCACAGAACUUUCAGAUGACUACGACUCCCGUUCGUCCACCACCGGCUCUCCUCUUCGGCGGCAUUCGUCUCCAAGCUCCGACCUCGGCUACAAGCCCUUCCUCUACGACAAGGGCAGCCCCCCGCCCGACCCCCGCGCUCCCCGCGAUUCCCCUACCUACCCAGACUACACCCAGAACAACGCCCGAAAGAAACGCUCCCGCGCAGCCUUCUCACACGCACAAGUAUAUGAACUAGAACGACGAUUCAGCCAGCAAAGAUACCUCUCAGGCCCAGAAAGAGCAGACCUUGCUGUCAGCCUCAAAUUGACAGAGACGCAAGUCAAAAUUUGGUUCCAAAACCGAAGAUACAAAACGAAGAGGAAGCAACUACAGAUGCAAGAGAAUGGUAUGCUAGCUGCCGCUGCGGCGGCCGCUAACCAUGCCAGAAAAGUCGCCGUCAAAGUACUCGUCAACAAUAAUGGACAACCCAGCCUACCUGAUAUGAAGCAGUACCAGAAUCCUAUGCUAGGCAAAGGAAUAAAUCCAGCUUUAUUCGCUUCUCCAAACUUACUCGAAGGUUCGCCGAUCUUGAAGCAUUUUGCCGGAGUCUAUGGUGUGGAUUUCGUUAAGAAUCCGGAAUACAAGGCGCUGCUGCAGGAAUCGUACCACCAAGCGGUGUUACAGUCACUGUAUGGACCACAUUUGGGGGUUAACUACCCAAAUCUUCCUCUAUCCUACAUGUACUACCCUGGUCACCCAGCCUUUGGCAUGCCAAUGCCAUGCGACUUCGAAAGGAGUCAGAGCGAAAACCGAACGGAGAACGACAAAAGCAACGGCGAAAACUCACAGACCAAAGACAAAACUGAAGAAAAAAGUAAAAGUCCGAUCGCGUUGAACGAAAACAGCAAUGAGAGCAUGGCCAGUAAUAUAGAGGUGGAAAACUGAGCAAAUAAAAGACAAACGGCACGGCAGCUUUUAGAAAAAAGAAAAUA